GUUAUAUAAACAACAAUCAGCAACUGGGCUCUAGUCAGACAUUCGCGCGCGCAGGAUAUCCUUUUCGUCUAUUACAUUAGUCUAUUUACUUUAGUUUAGAAUCUUCUCACAUUUCUUUUUUGUUUAAAUUGAUAUGUUCUUAAUUAAAAUGUUGAUUCGCAAUACAAAAUGUAUUUUCAAUAAAAAAUGUCGUGCUAUUUUUAGUCCUGUAAAAAAUUUAUUUUAUUUUGCAACAAAAUGGGAAAUAUUUCUAAUGAUUGUAUCAACAUUAUGCGCAUCUAUAACUGGAUUAUUAGUAUCAUUAAAUGUUGUAAUGUUUGGAGAAUUAGUGGGUUCAAUGGUCAAAAUAGAAAUGAUGCACGCUUUCGAUUUAUCUGUAGAAGAUGACACAAACAUUAUGGAUAGCGUUACAACAUAUGCCUUUGGAACAUCAAUGAUUGGAUGUCUUAUGUUUAUUUUGUCUUUUAUCAAUAUUUAUUUAUUUAAUUAUACAGCGCAAAAUCAAAUUUUUCGAGUUAGAAAAAAAUUCUUUAAAUCCAUUUUGCAUCAAGACAUUAGUUGGUAUGACGUUAUUAACAGCGGUGAACUUUCAACAAGGCUCACUGAAGACAUAAUGAAAUUCGAAGAUGGAAUUGGCGAAAAAUGGGUAAUGUUAAUUCACAAUUCAUUCGCAGUUCUUGGUUGUUUAGCAGUCGCUCUUCAUUCUGGUUGGAAACUCGCACUCAUUUGUAUUAGUCCAUUUCCUGUUAUGAUUUUAAUCAUGUUUAAAACAGCAAAGAAAGCAUCUAAUUCAGCAAAAGAGGAAAUGGAAGUUUACGGAGAGGCUGGAUCAAUAGCAGAAGAGGCAUUGAGUGCAAUUCGUACUGUUUACGCUUUUGGUGGUGAAACAAAUGAAUUUAACAUGUACACGAAAAAUUUGUCCCAAAUUUACAAACACAAUGCUAAAAGAGUUAUUUUGAUUGCCAUUGGUACAAGUUUAUUUUGGUUUUUUAUUUACGCCACUUAUUCUGUCUCAUUUUGGAAUGGAGUCAAUUUUAUUCUUGAUGACAGAUUUCUCCCAGAGGAGGAACAACAAUACACACCAAAAUCAAUGGCAACGGUUUUUUUCAGUAUAAUGAUGGCAACAGUUAAUUUGCACAUUGCUGCUAAUUUUAUUGAUGCAUUCGCUAUAUCAAGAGCUGCUAUUGGAAAAAUACUUUCUGUUAUUAAACGAGAAUCAUCCAUUGAUAGUUCAUCUGUAGACGGUUUGAAAUUAUCGGAUUUAGAGGGGAAAAUACAAUUUAAAAAUGUUGCAUUCAAAUAUCCGUCGAGAAAAUUAGUUCAGGUAUUACAAAAUCUGAACUUUACUGUAAAUAAAGGAGAAACAGUGGCAAUAGUUGGAAAUUCUGGAUGUGGAAAAUCAACAUGCAUUCAACUUAUUCAAAGAUUCUACGAUGUAAAAGAGGGAAAGAUUUUAAUAGACGGACAUGAUAUUCAAAAAUUUAACGUUAAAUGGCUUAGGAGUCAAUUGGGUAUUGUUGGACAAGAACCAACACUAUUCGAUACUACUAUAGCUGAGAACAUUCGAUUUGGUUUAAUGGACGCAAAUAUGGAGCAAAUUUUAUCUGCCGCUAAAGAAGCAAAUGCUCAUGAUUUCAUAAUGAAAUUGCCAAAUCAAUACGACACAAUCGUAGGUGAAAAAGGCGCAAAAAUUUCUGGAGGACAAAAGCAGAGAAUUGCAAUAGCCAGAGCUUUGAUUCGAGAUCCAAAAAUUUUACUUCUUGAUGAAGCAACUUCUGCACUUGACAAUCGAAGUGAAUCUAAAGUUCAAGCUGCUUUAAACAAAGCAAAGAAAGGAAGGACAACAAUAAUUGUUGCCCAUAGAUUAUCAACAAUACGAAAUGCUGACAAAAUAAUUCUCUUAUCGAAUGGGCAAGUUGUAGAAGAAGGAGAUCAUGAUAGUCUAAUGAAACUUAAAGGACAUUACUAUUCUCUUGUCACAGCACAGGUUUCAGUUACUCAUGAAUCAAACAGAGGGGAAUCAAAAAAAAUGUAUGAUGCACAUCACGAGAAGGAACGAAACGAUGAUGAAUCGAGUUCCAGUUCUGAGAUUGCAUACGAGGAUUUUGAGACAAUACCAGCCAAAGAGAUUUCCAUGUUUAAAAUUUUAAAACUCAGCAAACAAGAAUGGCCAUAUCUAAUGGCUGCUUGUAUUGCUACUAUAAUUGUCGGCUGUUCUCCACCAAUAUUUUCCAUUCUAUUCGGAGAUGUCAUAGGAGAACUUUCUAUUCCCGAUACUGAAGAAAUUCUAAGACGUACAAGUGUCUAUUGUAAAUACUUUUUAAUAGCUGGAACCAUUAUUGCAAUAUCAAAUUUCAUUCAGAUUUAUUGUUUUGGAAUAGCCGCUGAGUGUUUAACAAUGAGAUUACGUGGUUUGAUAUUCAAGACCAUGCUACGCCAAGAGAUAGGAUGGUUUGAUAAUCCAUCAAAUGGCACAGGAGCUCUCUGUUCAAACUUGUCUGCCGAUGCAGCAGCUGUUCAAGGAGCAACAGGCCAGAGAAUUGGAACCAUUAUACAAUCGAGUAGUACCAUUAUACUAUCAGUGGCCCUCUCAAUUUACUAUGAAUGGAAAUUGGGAUUACUUGGCACUCUCUUUGUUCCAUUAAUUUUGGUCACAACCUAUUUACAAAAUUUAAUGUACAGAAAAGAAUCCUGUAAUUAUCAUGAGGAUUUGGAAUUAUCAACAAAAAUGGCAGUUGAAGCAGUGAGUAAUUAUCGGACAGUUGUUGGUUUGGGAUUAGAAGAAACAUGUCACAGUAAUUAUAUUAAAGCAUUGCAACCAUCGCUUGAAAUUGCUAAAAGCAAUAGUAAAUAUAAAGGUCUUAUUUUUGCUAUGGCACGAUCAGUUGUAUAUUUCGCUUAUGCUGCAUGCAUGUAUUAUGGGGGAAUUUUAAUAAAGGAGGAACAUUUAUAUUACUCAAGUGUAUUCAAAGUGGCCCAAGCACUUAUUAUUGGCACUGUUAUGGUAGCGAAUGUUUCAGCAUUUGCUCCCAACGUUCAACGAGGACUAAAAGCUGCAACUAAUAUAAUUGCUCUUUUUGAACGAGUGCCAAGAAUUCAAGAUCCAAUGUACAUCUCCAAAACUGAAGAGACACCUAACGAUUCAGUAAAAUAUAGAAAAGUACUUUUUGAAUAUCCAACGAGACCAGGAAUUCGAAUUCUCGAUGACCUAGAUCUAGAAGUGCCAUCCGGGAAAACAGUAGCAAUUAUCGGUGGCAGUGGUUGCGGGAAGAGUACAAUUGUACAAUUAUUGGAAAGAUUUUACGAUCCUAUUUUAGGAUCUGUGGAGCUGGAUAAGACAAACAUUGACUUAAUUCCACAAUCCUCAUUAAGAAUGAAUUUGGGAUUAGUUUCACAAGAACCAACUUUAUUUGCAAGAUCAAUUGCUAAAAAUAUUGCUUAUGGUGAUAAUACAAGAGAAGUGUCAAUGUGGGAAAUAAUCAGUGCAGCAAAAAAUGCAAAUGCUCACGAUUUCAUUAAAGCUUUACCACUUGGAUAUGAGACAAAAUUAGGUGAUAGAGGCACUCAACUUUCUGGAGGUCAAAAGCAAAGAAUUGCCAUUGCCAGAGCGCUUAUUAGAGAUCCAAAAGUUUUGCUAUUAGAUGAAGCAACAUCUGCUUUAGACUCGGAAAGCGAGAAAAUUGUACAAGCUGCUCUUGAUAAAACAAAAGAAGGAAGAACUUGCAUUUUAAUUGCUCAUAGACUUUCGACAGUUGAAAAUGCUGAUAAAAUUUGUGUUAUGCAGUACGGUCAAGUUGUUGAGACAGGAACACAUAAUGAAUUAAUUGAAAAAAAGGGCAUGUACUAUGAUUUGUUAUGUAUUGAAAAAGGUCGCAGAAAAAAUAACAGUUCUCCUCAAGUUCCUUUUUGUAUCAUAAAAAAAACAUCAAAAAUGAGAUUAAAGUCACUAAUUUUGAAGUUUCUUUUUAUUCCUAAAUACGUGUUAAUUUCUUUUAUUGGAAAGUCUGUAAAUCCAGUUAAAGAUAUUUUUCGUUAUGCGACAAAAUGGGAAGGUUUUUUAAUGUUUAUUGGAAUAAUAUGCAGUAUAGCAACGGGAUUAGCUGUACCAUGGAAUGUACAAAUGUUUGGCAAAUUAGCUGGUGGUAUGGUUGAUGCUAAAUUAAAAAGUACAUUUGCCAGUUUUGGAAUAGACAUUUCCGAAUAUAUUCAUACAGAUGUUAUGGAAUCAGUGACAACAUUUGCCGUUGGCACAAUAACUAUCAGUUGUAUUUUAUUUAGUUUAUCAUACGUCAGUAUUUGUCUAUUUAAUUAUACCUCACAAAAGCAAAGUCUUCGAAUAAGAUCCAUGUAUUUGAAAUCAAUUUUACAUCAUGAUAUUAGUUGGUAUGACGUUAUGAGUUGCGGUGACGUUGCAAGCCGAUUAACAGAAGAUAUCAUGAAAGUAGAAGAAGGAAUUGGUGAAAAAUUCAUUAUUUUUCUACAUCACUUUAUUGCUGUUAUUGGUUGUACUGUUCUUGCUUUUUAUAAUGAUUGGAAACUUGCUAGUAUUUGCAUUGUACCAUUUAUUGUAAUAGUGAUAAUUCUUUAUUGUGUUGCAAAGGCAACCGCAAUAAUGACUCGAAAGGAAGUUGAAGUAUAUGCAAUGGCAGGAUCAAUAGCCGAGGAAGCAUUAUCUGCAAUUCGUACAGUUGUUGCAUUUGGAGGGCAAAAAAUAGAAUUCAAUAGAUAUAAAACAAAUCUUUUAUCAACCUAUAAGAAUAAUAUAAAAACAGUUUUACUAUCGGCUUUAGAAUUUGGUUUAAUUUGGUUUUCCACCUAUACAACAUAUUCUUUUGCAUAUUGGUAUGGAGUUGAAUUAAUUCUAAGAGAAAGAGAUCUUCCAUUUGGAUCUCAAACAUUUACACCACAAUCAAUGGCUAUAAUUUUCUUUAGCGAAAUGAUGGCAACUGUAAGUUUAGUUUCUGCUGCUUCUUAUAUUGAAACAUUUGGACUUUGCAAAGCAUCAGCGGCAAAAGUAUUUUCUGUUAUUGAACAAAAAUCAAAAAUCAACAAUUUAUCAUCAAGUGGUAUAAGACUACAGCAAAUUAAUGGAUUUAUUAAAUUUAAAAAUGUAUCUUUUGAAUAUCCAUCGAGACCAAAUGUUAAAGUAUUGAGAAAUUUGAAUUUCUCAAUUGAAAAGGGAGAAACUGUCGCUUUAGUCGGAAGUUCUGGAUGUGGAAAAUCAACUUGUGUACAACUUAUACAGAGAUUUUACGACAUAAGUGGAGGACAGAUCUUAAUAGAUGGAUACGAUAUACGGGAUUUCAAUGUAAAAUGGUAUCGAAAUCAAUUGGGAACAGUAAGCCAAGAACCAAUACUUUUUGAUACAACAGUAGCGGAAAAUAUUCGCUAUGGUAAUAUGACUGCCUCGAUGGAAGAUAUUGUUUUGGCAGCAAAAGAAGCAAAUGCUCAUCAUUUUAUAAUGAAUCUACCUUAUCAAUACGACACACUUGUAGGUGAAGGAGGUACAAAAAUCUCUGGAGGUCAAAAGCAAAGAAUUGCCAUAGCAAGAGCUUUAGUUAGAGAUCCAAAAAUUUUACUUUUGGAUGAAGCAACAUCUGCUCUUGAUACAAAAAUGGAAGCUAAAGUACAAGCUGCAUUGGAUAAAGUACACAAAGGAAGAACAACAAUUAUUGUUGCUCACAGAUUAUCAACGAUACGUGGAGCUGACAAAAUAAUAGUUCUCAUGAAUGGACAAGUUGUAGAGCAAGGAAAUCAUAACUAUUUAAUGGGACUGAAGGGUCAUUAUUAUUCACUAACUACCACACAGAUGACAAACAUUGCCACAAUGCAAAUAAAGGAGAUAAAUAAAAUAAUUGAUGGAAAGGAAGACGUUAAAAAUGAUGAUGAAUUUUGUGCUGCAUCAAAGAUUCCUUACGAAACGGCAAUUGAGGAGAUAAGAAGGGAAAUUUCAACAGUGAAAAUUUUAAAACUCAGCAAACCUGAAUGGUUUUACAUUUCUUUAGGUUGUCUUGCUUCAAUUUUUGUUGGAUUCUCACCACCAAUAUUUUCCACCUUCUUUGGAGAUGUUAUAGAUGAACUCUCAGGACCAGAUACAGAAUUAAUUCGAAGACGUACAAAAAUUUAUUGUGUGCGUUUUAUAUUAGCUGGUAUUUUUAUUGGAUUGUCUAAUUUUGCUCAAUAUUAUCUACUUGGAUUUGCGAGUGAAUGUUCAACACUAAGAUUACGGGGAUUAAUUUUUCGAACAAUGUUGAAACAAGAGAUUAGUUGGUUUGAUAAUCCAAUGAAUGGAACGGGAGCACUUUGCUCUAAACUUUCAACUGAAGUUGCUGCAGUAAAAGGUGCAACUGGUCAACGAAUUGGAAUAAUUGUACAAUCCUAUAGUACAAUUGUACUAUCCAUUGCAAUGUCAAUUUACUAUGAAUGGAGACUCGGAUUACUUGGCACUGCAUUCAUUCCAUUUAUUCUCAUAACAAAAAACCUUCAAAAUUUAAUGUACAAAGAAGAAACCUACAGCUAUCAUAAAAGUCUUGAAAGAUCUACAAAAAUUGCAGUUGAAGCAGUGAGUAAUAUUCGCACUGUAAUUGCCCUCGGAAUACAGGACAACUGUUACCAUUCAUAUGUGGCAUCAAUGCAACCCUCACUUGCUCUUGCAAAACGAAAUACUCAUUAUCGUGGCUUAAUCUUUGCACUAGCUAGAUCAAUAUCGUAUGUUGCUUUAGCUUCAUGUAUGUAUUAUGGAGGAUAUUUAAUGAAAGUAGAAGGCAUACCUUACUCCACUGUAUUUAGAAUUUCUCAAGCUCUAAUAAUGGGAACUGUCAUGGUUGCUUGUGCAUUUGCAUAUGUUCCAAAUGUUCAAAAAGGGCUACAGGCAGCAGCAAAUAUUGUUUCAAUUUUAGAAAGAUCUCCAGAAAUUCAAAACCCAUUAGAAAUUAAAAGACCCGAGAAAUUUCUCUGCCAAGUAAUGUACAAGGACGUAAUAUUUAAAUAUCCAUCAAUAAGUGAAGUUAAAGUUUUAGAUGGUUUGAAUUUAAAGAUUCCCCCAGGAAAAACAGUAGCUUUAAUUGGUCCUAGUGGUUGUGGAAAAAGUACAAUGAUACAAUUAUUGGAAAGAUUUUACGAUCCAAUAUCAGGAACUGUGCGAUUAGAUAAUAACAGCAUUGAUACACUGUCAUUAGAUACACUAAGAAUGCAAAUGGGUUUAGUGUCACAAGAACCAACAUUAUUUGCAAGGACAAUAGCGGAAAAUAUUGCUUAUGGCGAUAAUACAAGAGAUGUGCCAAUGUGGGAAAUUAUUGAGGCAGCAAAACAAGCUAAUGCCCAUGAAUUUAUCACAGCCUUACCUCUAGGAUAUGAAACAAAACUUGGUGAUAGAGGAACUCAACUAUCUGGAGGACAAAAGCAACGAAUCGCUAUUGCCAGAGUUCUUAUUCGAAAUCCUAAAAUUCUCCUAUUGGAUGAAGCAACAUCAGCAUUAGACUCAGAAAGUGAAAAGGUUGUACAAGCUGCACUAGAUAAGACCAGACAAGGAAGGACAUGUAUUUUAAUAGCCCAUCGACUUUCAACAGUUGAAAAUGCUGAUGAGAUAUGUGUUUUAAAUGAUGGUCAAAUUUCUGAAAGUGGAACCCAUAAAGAACUUUUGGAAAAAAAAGGCGCAUAUUAUGAAUUAUUAUGUUUACAAAAUAACCAUCAAUAAAUAUUGAAUUUAAAUAUUUAAAUUUAUAUAAUUUGAUAUGUACAUUAUAGUUUUUAAAAUAAGCUUCUAUUUUUUUUUAUUUUUUUUUUUUUUAAUGAAAAUGAGUUCUAUGAUCUGAUUUUUGUGUUAAAAUUUUAAUAUAUUAUAAAUUUUCUAUAAUUUAGAAUCUAUAAAUUUUAAUAAUUUUCUCUUAAGAAUUUAUGAAUUUAAUUUAUAGUAAUGAAUU